CAGAGUCCCUGUUUUAGAAAGGGCAACGGCAAUGUCGAGCGCGCUUGUACCCGGUGACCGCUCGCUCGUCCGGCUGCUACUCUACACGGUGGUCAACGCUCUCUGGAGCGCAUGCGCGCUUGCUUUUCUCGCGCUAGCGACGAUCUGGACGUGUAUCGAGUCAUGUGGCAUGCACCGCCGGUCGUUGGCCGCGCGAGGGCUGUACCCUGUCCGCGCCGUGACCCAGACCCUCUGGCGCAUUGAAAUAUUCGUCCACGCACUCUACGAUACUAAGGCAGACCUGCGGCUCGUCGCGCUUGACGACGUUACGCCAAGCCACGCGGGCUGGACCUUGGUGUACGUCUUCUGUUGGCGGUCGCUCCAAGUGGGCUUCUACGACUCCGUUGCGGCUUCACUCAUGACCGAGUAUACCGCAAUGUGUGCACGGGCAUCGACAGCGGUACCUUCGUGGGUAAGCAGCCUCCCGCUCCCGCUGACGCUGACACCAGCGCCCCAAGUCGAGCCCGUCUCGGCGUGGUCCAUGGCAGUCAUUUGCAUCUUCUUCUUUUUCGUCAACUGGAUCGCCGUCACCAUCUUCGUGUGGGUCACCAAGCAGACCUACUACGCGAUCUUUGGCGAGCUCGUGAUUGCGCGCGUCGACGGUAGCCAGCACCCGCUUCUCCCAACGACAACGUCACCACCGGCGUCGUUGUACACGGUGCCCCGCGCCAAGGGUGCGCCCGCCCCGUAUCUGCUGCCGUUCACGCGGGCGCCGCCGCUCGGCCCGCCACCCGCGUACGAGCCAACGUUGGCUGCAAAGUCGUCGUCCAGCACCAGUGAGCCGGGCGGCUACCAAUACAAGCUCGUCGAGCGCAACGGCAUACUCGGAUUCCCGGUGCCACUGCCGCCCAUGUCGGCCUCAUCGCCUCCGACCAAGUCGCUGUGGACGCGCCUCUUUACGCAAUCUUCAGCGGUCGAUGCACCCAUGAAUGUGUCGCACGCCGAGGACUUGGUCAAUGUCGACGUUGCAACGCUGGAAGACGCCCCACGCAUCAAGAUUGUGCCGCCGGCCGUCGGUAGCCGCGAGCUCAAGACUCAUCACGUAAUCGAAAGACCACCACCAGCACUCGUCACCCGUUCAAGCUUGGAGCUGCCAGAUCUGGACAACGACGCAAGUGCCCCAGAGACAGAGACGGCAGCGGACGUGGAAGUGGUUGACGAGGAGCCAAUGCAAGGCCGCAUCCUCUUUUCGCAAGUGAUUGCGCCGAGCACCAAUCGCAUCUCGAUUCGCGUCGACGUCCAACUUGACGAUGCCGCGCCGGGCGUCGCACUGCACCUCGGGCUUCCGCUCCCGCAAGGCGAAGUGCGCUGCGCCUACGUCAUUCUUGCUGUCGGCGAGCACUCGAUUGACGUGCUUGUUGCUGAUGCCAGUGCUCAGUCGCUCUGGCUCUGCAAGGCCACCAUCGGUACCCUCGUGCGCAUCUAUGGCGUCGACACGACAUUGCAACUGCCGCUUCCGACCACCGAUCAACCCGCGACGGUCAGCGAUCGCAGCGACGUCGAAGAAGACGAGGACUUUGUCGCUCCGGCUGCCGACGUGGUCGUUGUGCCGCAGCUGCCGCAGCAGGCGGGCUGGGUCUCGCCGACGACCUAUGCGCCAGCUCACACGUAUGGCGCGAUGACACCGCUCGGCGUGGCCUCGGCUUCGUUCGUGUCUGACUUUGCCAAUGAUGGCCCCGAGUACGGCGCCUUGUCGCCCACCGCAGCGAUGACGAAUACAGAAGCCUUUACGCUGCCGCAAGUGACGCGUGCCUUGCCGAUGGACCCGACAUCGAUCCAAGACCGCGUGCACUUUACUGCGUACGCGCCCCCAACCGUCGUCUGCGGCACAACAUUUACCUUUUCGAUCUGGGCGUUUCUGGUGCAUCAGCAAAGCGAGAUGCACGAAGAGGCGACGGCCGAGGGUGACGCGGCGCAGCUCUCGCGCGACGUCUUGCUGCGCGUGCGCCGCGGUGCGUUGGUGCAUGUCACGCUGACAACUCCCGACGGUUUCGUGCUCUGUGACGAGCCAACGCAGGUGCUGGCGUGGCACGGCGACGUGACGCGCGUCGCGUUUCGGAUCGAGUGCGGCGCGUUCGUCGACGUCGGUCAAGUCAUGUUCUCUGCGUCCAUUGUCGUUGGCGCUGAGGUGCUGCGUCUUCGGUCCUAUGUCUUUGUAUCCGCGUCAGCACUGCCAUCAUCUGCCCUCGACACGGCAACCGAGGUCGCGUUCGACCUCGAGCGACUGCCGCAGACGUACGAAGAGAUCGCGUACGACGAGCUCGAGAUGAGGAACCUUGUGGGUCGAGGCAACUUUGGCGAUGCGUACCGCGCUCGGUACCGCGGCCAGGACGUCGUGGUCAAGACGCUCCGGCCGAGCGAGUUUGGCGACAACCAAGACCAGAUCGUGCAAGAGUUUCGGCACGAAGCCGCGGUGCUGUCGCUCUUUGGGCACCAUCCCAACAUUGUGCCGUUUGUGGGUGCGUGCACAGACCUCUCGCAGCCGCUGAGUCUCGUGACCGAGUACUUUCCGUUCGGGAGUCUUGAAGACCAGAGCCGAGAGCACACGCUCUCGACCGAGCAAAAGACGCGGCUUCUCUACGACGCUGCCAACGGCUUUCUCAACAUCCACGAGGGCGGCUUCAUCCACCGCGACAUUGCUGCUCGGAAUUGCUUGGUGGACGAUGGACUUCGCGCCAAGGUAUGCGAUUUCGGCCUGUGUCGGCGCGUGCGUUCGUUUGGCGGAUCGCACUUUCCCGAAGGCAUGGUGCCGCUCAAGUACAUGGCGCCCGAGUCGCUCACGCCACCCCACGCGUUUUCGUACCAGUCGGACGCGUACUCGUUUGGUGUCUUGGUCUGGGAGACGUAUAUGGAGACGCCGCCGUACGCCAACGUGCCGAGCCACUUGGCGGCGGCACGGAUACUCGAAGGUGCGCGGCUGGACGUGGACGCAGCUUCCAUCCCCGAGGUCCACCGCGCGUUCCUCACCACGUGCUUCCAGCAGGACCCGUCGAAGCGCCCGAGCAUGACCGACAUUGUCCGUCACUUUGCAUCGACAUCAAACUGAAACGAGUGCGAUAAUAAUCUUGUCUACUAGUACUUCGUAUUAAAGUAGUGCAUCCGGUGGGCAAUAUAUCGAGC